CAUCACACCGCCAAGUCCAACUAUGGCCCAAUAUGUUUUCCUUCUUCCUACUUCAUUGACAAAGAAGAUGGACUCACUCAUACAUCGGUUUUUCUGGUCGGGCUCGAUGAAGAAACGAUCCAUUCCUUGGCGGAAAGGAGAUGUUCUUAACGAUCCUAAAGGGGAAGGUGGGCUGGGUUUUCGGAACUUUCAGCUGUUCAAUAUGGCGUUGGUGGCAAAACAGGGAUGGCGCCUAAUCACAGAACCAAAUGCUCUAUGGGCUCGACUGAUGAAAGGGCUUUAUUACCCAAAUGGAGACUUUUUGACGGCCAGGAAAGGGAGCACAUCAUCGUGGAUCUGGUCGAGUUUGUGGGAGUCGAGGAAAGCUUUAGACUUGGGAACGAUUCGGGUGAUUGGGUCUGGGGAGGAUACGUGGUUUCACAAGGAUCCAUGGGUGCAUCCUAUUCAAGGGCAUACCAUCUCUUCGCUUUUGGAUCCCCCUUCCCGCGUUCGUGAUUGGAUGUGUCAAGAUGGCAAAAGAUGGAACAUGAACCUCAUCCAUCGGCACUGCUCCCCGGAAGAGGCGGAUGUGAUUUCACGGAUUCAGAUUGGCCCGAACGGAGCACCCGACAAAUGGGUGUGGAAGUUUAACUCAACAGGGAGUUUUUCGGUGAGAACGGCGUAUCAUGGUUUUCGGAAUCAUCUUAAAGAGGUGAACCAGCCCAUGCCGAAUGAUCUGAAUCUACCGGCCGAUGACGAUAAAUGGAAAUGGUUGUGGUCGUUGAACCUCCCGCCGAAAAUUAGAUUCUUUAUGUGGAGGUGCAUUCGCAAUGCUCUGGCAACUAAGCUCAAUUUAUUCCGGCGGAAGUGCUCUCCCAAUACGACAUGCCAACUGUGUAACGGAGAGGAGGAAUCACCAAUCCAUUGCCUUUUCUUGUGUUCGCAUGCGGAAGCAACUUGGAGGACGUUGUUCCCGUCCAAUGUCGUCCCUCAGAAUAUCUCCCAAUGGAUCUUCUCCUUGCGUGAAGAAGGAAAUGGGGAAGUUUGUCGACAGAAGAUUUUCUGCCUGUGGAAUAUUUGGAAGGCCCGCAAUGAAUUUGUUUUCAAAGGAGUUGUCCCGUCCCCGACGAGGACCUCGAUUUUUGCUUUUCGUGAAGCAGCGGAGCCUCAUCUUACCCCCUUUUCUUCUUCAACCUUCAAUCAGCCUAGGGAAAUUCCAUCUCUCUCAUGUCCACCGCCAUUUCAUCCUCAACAGAGGAUUUACUGUGAUGGCUCCUUUGAUGUUGCUACGCAGGAGGCGGCUUUUGGAGUAGUUAUUACUAACUCUGAUGGACAGAUCUGGGAUGGAAAGGCUGGAAGGAUUAUUUGUUCGUCUCCAAUUGAAGCUGAGGCACGAGCGAUUUUAGACGAAAAAACAAUCAAACGUUAAUAACAAUCAAACGUGUCAUAUACC